CACCAGCUGUGAAAAGUGAACUGGAUUGGAAAAGGUUGUGAGUUUGGUGAGUUUGGGAAGCAUGGCACCCACCGGCACUUACAAUUUUGCGGGAACAACUUGGUCUAAAUGGCAAAUUGCAUUGGUGGUGGGUGCCCCAGUAGCUGUCGGCCUCGGCUACUGGUACUUGAAGCGACAAUCGGCGACCGCGAUCACAAAAAAGGGCGGCGAUGAACAGACGAGUUCUGCGGAGAUUGUCAAGCAAGAGUCCAUCGAUGCAACCAAUGCAGCGCCCCAGACGCAAACAAAGAAGACAAAACAGGAAAGAAAAGACCCAACAAAGGAAUCGUUGGACGAGUGCCAGAAACACAAAAAUAAAGGCAACACUCUAUUCAAGGAACACAAAUACGCAGAGGCCAUUGAAGAGUACUCGAAAGCAAUUGAAAUGUUCCCCAAGGCCAAGGGUCAGCCGCAGGAGCUGGCCAAAUUUUAUCAAAACAGAGCUGCAGCUUAUGAGCAAAUGAAAGAAUAUCAGAAGGCAAAGGAGGAAUGUGACAGAGCAAUUGAACUUGACCCACUGUAUGUGAAGGCCCUGAUAAGAAGGUCGAAGAUCAACGAAAACCUUGGAAACUUGGUCGAAAGUUUGGAAGAUGUCACAUCAGCUUGCAUUUUGGAAGGAUUUUCAACUGAAAGUACUCUGCUGUCUGCAGAUCGAAUCCUCAAAGCACUUGGACGGAAACAUGCCAAAGAAGAGAUGAGCAAGAGAACAACAGUGAUGCCCUCAAAGCAUUUCAUCAAAACCUAUCUGUCGUCGUUCCAGGAGGACCCAGUCCUGUCCCAUAAGGAGGAAACAGAAAUGAACGGAGAUGGUGGAAAUGAAGCUGACGGUUUUCUGCUUUGGGCCAAGGAAAAACUCAACGAACAGAGGUACAGCGAAGUCUUCAACAAAGCAACAGAGGAAAUUUCCCAAGGAGGAAAAAAUGUUGCACUAGCCCAACUUUUGAGAGGCACAAUUCACCUUUUGAAGGGUGAUCACCAACUGGCUUUGACUGAUCUAGAGAAUGUCAUAGAAACUAUCAGUGCCAGUGACAAAAUAAGAAUAAAUGCACUCAUCAAAAGAGCAUCCCUGUACAUGCAGUUGGAGGAUCCAAAUAAAAGCAUGCUCGACUUUGAAAGAGCUGCAGAACUUGGACCUAUGAACGCUGACGUCUUUCACCACAGAGGACAGGUGAGGCUGUUGAUGGAAGACCUGGAUGGAGCCAUGCAAGACUUUUCAAAAGCAGUGCAGCUGAACAAGAAAUUCCCCAUUGCUGUUGUCCAGAAAUGCUACACCGACUUUCGCUACGCUUUGUCGAAGCAGGACUUGAGCAAACUUGAAGAUGCAAUCGAUGGUUUCCAGAAGGCGACAAAGGAUUUUGACAAUUGCACAGAAGUUUUCAGCUUGUAUGCCCAGGUUUUGACAGAGCAGGAAAAAUACAAUGCUGCAGAGGAGAUGUACAACAAGGCUCUUGAAAUUGACCCUGACAAUGCCACAAUCUAUGUACAUAAAGCAAUUUUGACCCUUCACUCGUCACAGAACCUAGAUAAGGCCGUCGAUCUGAUCAAUGAGGCCAUCAAGAUCGACGAUAAAUGCUCCUUUGCUUAUGAAACAUUGGGCACCAUUCAGGUCCAAAGAGCAAAUCUAGACAAAGCAGUUGAGCUCUUCAGAAAAGCCAUUCCUCUGGCCAAGACUGAGAUGGAACUGACCCAUCUGUUUGCCCUCCUAGACGCUGCCAUCGCCCAGAGGGUCGUUGCCCAACGGUACAAUAUCCAAAUACCUUCUGGUCCAAACAAUGUUUGAGGUUGUUGGUAGAAGUUUUAGCAUCAAGUCCUGCUGAUAAUGCAAAAUCAAAUUGCAAAAUGUUCAUUUCAAGAAAAAUAGCUCAUCGUGUACAUAUUGAAGCACAGAGUUAGGUGUUCGUUGGAUAUCAUUGGCACAUUAUAUGCUUGUGCUUAAUUUAGCAGGUUUUUGCAUCUCGCAAGUUGAAUUAUUGCUGUUACUGGUAUGUGAGCCUUUAGAGAAAGAAUUUUGCUUAUAGACUUGUAAUUCAGUUAAACUUCUCGAACAGUGACUUCAAAUACAAAAUCGAUGAUAAAAUAGGUGGGGCAGUUGAGGUCACAUCAGAGUGCCUUUUGGUUAAAUUCAUAUAAUUGAGAUUCCCGGCAGAGGAAAGAAAACCGUUUUUCGACUUUUUCGUAUAUUACUGCAUUUUUAUGCUGCUUGUAAGGGGCGCAGUCACGUUGAUUCUGCAAGAGCUUUAUUUUGGUUUGCGGCCCAUUUUAUUACUCGCUCUUGACACUCACAUUGAACCGAUCAAUUUUGUAAUUCUUAUCUUCACCAAAGUUGUCAUUCCUUUAGUUAGUCCCUUUUAAAAGCAAUCCUCAAUAAUAUGAAAAUUUGUUACGUUCAAAUCAAAAUGAUCUAGUAUUCGUUGACGGUGCUUUCAAAGUAGCCAAAAUUCUGUCUGGUCCCCUAACAAAGUAGCUAUUUUACAUUUAAUUUCUGAUGCUUUUAGCUGCUUUUCUAGGAAACUGAACAGCAUUUUAGCUACCUUGAAAGGGCGGUCACAAAUUGUUUAUUUAUAUGAGACAAAAUUUGAAUAUCUGGAACUUAAUAAAAUACCAAAAAUAA